CAUAGAAGCCCCUCAGUGUGAGUGUAUGGGGUCAUAAAUCGUUGAUUUCUCAAAACAGAUAAGCCAAGCUUCGCAUAUAGAUUUCUUGAAAUCAAAACCAAUUACAGAGAAGACACUGAUUAGUAUAAAAGCGACUUCCAAUGAAGCUCAUAACAGCUUGGAUUGCCCUUCUCACUUGGCUAACAUGGUCCGAGGUCUCCCUGGGCCAGUUUCUGGAAAACAAUUGUGGCUACGCAGUUCCACUCUCACCAAAGUCAAGGGUUUAUGGAGGACGCAAUGCAAUUAUUGGUUCCAGUCCAUGGAUGGCAUAUUUGAUAUAUAACUCGGCUUUUCAUUGCGGAGGCACGCUCAUCACCAAAAGAUAUAUCCUGACCGCAGCUCACUGCGUUGAAGAUAAUCUAAAGGUUCGCCUGGGCGAGUACAAUACCAGAACUCUGAUUGAUUGCACAAAAGAUGGUUGUAUUCCCCAGUACGAGGAGUACGAUGUAUCAAGGGCCAUGGUACACGCCAACUACAACUUUCAACUGGGUAGCAGCGACGACAUUGCAUUGCUCAAACUGGUCAGAGCUGUACGUUAUGACGGUGAGCAUAGCACAUUGAAAUGUUCUUCCUUUAAUAAGUAUCCUAUAUAAUCCCUCUCUCACAGUACACAUUCGGCCAGUCUGCAUCCUGCUGAAUCCUUCGAGAGCCGCUCACAAUCCCACCUUUGUGGCC